CGCGGUCGCCUGUUUGUUGCAACAAGUUUCUGCGUCGGGCUCCGAGGAGGCUGGCGCAACCCGCACCGCGGGGGCCGGCGCGGCGGCGGCUUGACCACCCCUCUCGCUCCUCUCCCAAGGAGCCACAAUGGACACAGCUAGCCAUAGUCUUGUCCUUCUGCAGCAGCUGAACAUGCAACGAGAAUUUGGUUUUCUGUGUGAUUGCACAGUUGCUAUUGGAGAUGUUUACUUCAAAGCCCACAGAGCAGUGCUUGCUGCUUUUUCGAACUAUUUCAAGAUGAUAUUUAUUCAUCAAACAAGUGAGUGCAUAAAAAUACAACCAAGUGACAUCCAACCUGACAUAUUCAGCUAUUUGUUACACAUUAUGUACACAGGAAAAGGGCCAAAACAGAUUGUGGAUCAUAGUCGUUUGGAGGAAGGGAUUCGAUUUCUUCAUGCUGACUACCUUUCUCACAUUGCAACUGAAAUGAAUCAAGUGUUCUCACCAGAGACUGUGCAGUCCUCAAAUUUGUAUGGCAUUCAGAUCUCAACAACCCAAAAAACAGCUGUUAAACAAGGGCUGGAGGUCAAAGAAGCUCCUUCCAGUAACAGUGGAAACAGAGCUGCCGUCCAGGGUGAUCACCCCCAGUUGCAGCUUUCUCUUGCUAUUGGGCUGGAUGAUGGCACUGCUGACCAGCAGAGGGCCCGUCCUGCCACGCAGGCCUUGGAGGAACACCAGAAGCCUCCAGUGUCCAUCAAACAGGAGAGAUGUGACCCAGAAUCUGUGAUCUCCAAGAGCUACGCCUCACCCUCAUCAGAGGUAACAGGCCCCACUUUCACCGAAAGCAGUAUCAAAAUACACUUAUGCCACUACUGUGGAGAACGUUUUGAUUCCCGUAGUAACCUAAGACAACAUCUCCAUACCCAUGUGUCUGGAUCCCUCCCAUUUGGUGUUCCUGCUUCCAUUCUGGAAAGUAAUGACCUUGGUGAAGUGCAUCCACUUAAUGAAAAUAGCGAGGCUCUUGAAUGCCGCAGGCUCAGCUCCUUCAUUGUCAAGGAGAAUGAGCAGCAGCCUGACCACUCAAAUCGGGGUACCACAGAACCUUUGCAGAUCAGUCAAGUGUCUUUGAUCUCCAAAGACACAGAGCCAGUAGAAUUAAACUGUAAUUUUUCUUUUUCAAGGAAAAGAAAAAUCAGCUGUACCAUCUGUGGUCAUAAAUUUCUCCGAAAGAGCCAAUUGCUGGAACACAUGUACACACACAAAGGUAAAUCUUACAGAUAUAACCGAUGCCAAAGGUUUGGUAAUGCAUUAGCCCAGAGAUUUCAGCCGUAUUGUGACAGCUGGUCUGAUGCCCCCCUGAAAAGUUCUCGCUUGUUCCAAGAACAGUUAGACUCAUCUUGUGCUUUAGAGUCAGAGCUCACACAAGAAAAUGUGGAUACUAUCGUAGUUGAAUAGCAGUUUCUCCUUCAGAAUUUUUACAUCAAUUCUGAAAAAGAAAAUUCACAUGCAUUUUUUAUUCAUAAAUUAUUAUCUUCCUCAAGUUCUAUGGACUUUUUUCUUUGCCAUUUAUUCAUAGUUUUAAUGUUGUUUAUAUUAGGUCUCCUUAUUGUAAGAUACAUUAAUUCAUAGCUAUUAAAAUGUAACCUUCAUUAGGGCUGUGAACUUUUCAUAAAUUCACAAUUUAGAAAUCAGAAAUCAGUGUAUUGGGACUUUAGAGUAAAUAGUUAUUUAUGGAAUUUCUAAGUUUUACUAGGUUGUAUAAUAGAAUCAGUAAAAUCAAAUUAAAGUUAAGUAAAUGAGAUAUUUUUUAAAGAAUAUUCUAGACUCUCACUUUUGGCUAUUGUUUCACAAGAAUAAGCACCUACCAGGACGAUUUAAAAAUAUUUUCUGCCAUAUAGGAAGUUAAUAGUUAUUUUAAUGCAUAACUAUGUGAUAAUGUAUAAGAAAUUGUUUUAAGGCAUAAAUAUACCAAAUCAUGCGUUGUUUUAAAAUUAUAUUUUACUUACUAGCUCUGCAACAUCUUACAUGGUUUUUAUUUAUUUUUUUAACAUUGAACAUACCUCAUUUUUAAUAAAAAAUAUUUUAGUUAAAAAGAGAGAAAAGGAGAAGAAUCAGACAUAAAAUAAAAAAUCCUAAAGAGAGUAACAAUAAGGUACGUGCACAUAGACAAGCACACAAAGACAGAGAUUCAGGUAGAUCUGCAUUGACUGACACCCAGGGUUGUUAACCUUAAUCUCAUGUGUUUUCUCAAAGACCUUAAGAACAAUUUGAGAUUUUUUUAUGAGUGGAGGUUUACAUGAGUUUAAAGAGGAAAACGAUAAAAUACACAUUAUCUUUAUACCCUCAGUGUCAGAGGAUUUUCUAGGCUGCCUGAGUCGAUGUUAAUUUUUGAACAAUCACUUGAAAAAGUAAUUUUUCAGUGACACAGUUUUCACUUUUGUCUGGUCCAUAAAACCAGCAGAAUAGUUAGAGUCAAUGUCCUAGAACUAUGCUUAAAAUCUAUGGUAGGUUUUUCUCUGUGAAUAAACUUAACUCCCUUUUAUAGUGCUGAAGCUUACAAAGUAAAAACCCCACAAAAUUAAAAUUGAGAUUCUCUUGCUCUGUGUUGCUGGGAAAUAGCUGAUCAAACCUUUCCACAAAGGACAGUUCUAAACUGUUUCUGAAAUGUUUAAAUAUCAAAAAUACUAGAUGGUCAUGAAUAACAAAAGAGAGAGUCUUCAAAAUAGCCUCAUCUUUUUUGUAUGCUUCCCUGGUAAAUUUGAAGCCUCACAGACAUCUUUUUUUUGGGGGGGGGGAGGGGAA